UCAAAUAUCAAGUGUGCAAACAUCCAGUUUCUGACAAUAAGGAUUAUUUGAGUUAAGUUUUUCGCAACGGAAAAGAAUUUGUUAACCAGCAAAGAUGGCUUUCAAGAACGUUAGGCCGAAGGACCUGGUCUGCUUCGGGGUGACCCUCUUCGUGCUGCUGGUGUGCUUCACCCUGAUCGCAAUCUUCUCGGGGUUCGUGCACGAGCCGCAGAGGUUCAGGACGAUGCUGGUGACCAUCGUGCUGGUGUUCUUCUGCCAGUUCCUCAUCUACGAGCCCAUCCGCUACUUGGUGCAGGCGGUGGACUAUGCCACCUGGCCGCGGGAGGACCCGCCCAUCAAGGCGGAGAAGGGGGAUGCAGAAGCAAACCACAUCACCCUCCUGAAGAUCCAGGUGCGCGGCCUGCGCUCCGAGCUCGUCAUCACCGAGGGCCACCAGAACGAGAUGCUGAACAGGCGGUACAAGCACAUCUCCGGGGACCUCCUGCUCUUCGGAUCCUUCUUUCUGACCCUCAUGUUCCUGGUGGUCACGCAGGAGAGCCAGGAGUACUACUUCAACACCAACAACAUGCACCGGCUCUUCUUCGACAACACCUCCGUCUCCUUCGGCCUGUCGCAGGUCUACUACCUCUACCAGAUCCACCUUUUCCUCAAGAUCACCAUGGUCGAGAGCUUCUUCGUGAAGGACGUGCAAGGACACGAGGGCUGGUGGGCCAUGGAGCAGUGGCAGAGGAUCGGGGUGGUGCGCCUGCGGCAGGUGCGGCAGUUGGACGCGCACAUCGGAUGGGGGAAGCCCAAGUGGGACAAGAAGACGUAUGCCCCCGAGUGGAAGCUUCCCUACCACCGGCUGCACUACACGGACAAGUUCUGGAGAAUCUACGACCCCUUCAUUCCGGCGGACUUUAGGCCCACCUUCCUGAACGGCCUGCUGCUCAACUUCGAUCACCAUGGAUACCUGAACAACUACCCCGAGCGCCGUGGCUACGUGGUUCUCAUGAUGAGCGCUAAGAUAAACUGCCUGAAGCAGGUGGAGUACCUGCGGGAGUACGGCUGGCUGAGCAGGAACACCUCGGCCCUGUUCAUCGACUUUGCGAUGUACAACGCGGAUGCGAACGUGUUCACGGUGUUCACCCUGCGGGUGGAGAACACCCCGUUCGGGGUGCAGAUCUCCCGGGCGCACGUGGACACGGUGAAGAUGCUGGCGACCGUGGAGAUGCGGACCAGCUGGGAGCUGCUCGUGCUGUGCGUGUACGCCAUCCUGAUCAUCAGCUUCGCCCGCGGCGUCCUCUCGAGGCUCUGGCACGACCCGAGGGCCAUCCGCGAGUCGUGGACCAUCGUGGACGUGGGCAUCUGCCUGCUGAACGCCUUCCUGCUCGGCCUGACCCUCAUGCGCGACAUGGAGACGGACAACCUGCUCAAGAUGGUGGAAACCUACACCAGGGGGCAGUACCUCGACUUCCAGCGACCGCUGCGCCUGCACCAGCUGCUGGCCAUGGUGAAGGGCUUCCUCAUCUGCAUCACCACCCUGCGCCUGUGGAAGGUCCUUCAGUUCGCCGCCGUCUUCCAGCACUUCUCCCGGACCCUCUUCUCCGCCUGGCGGGCGGUGGCCAGUCUGGGACUCAUCAUCCUGGUCCUCCUCAUGGGCAUCGGCAUGGCGCUCGCCGUGCCGAAUGGCAACAACGCCGAGGUCUUCCACCACAUCAUCGCCGCCGUGAUCACCUGCAUGUGGUACUCAGUGGGCUUCAACGCGGGCGUCCGGCCGACCGAGUUCUUUCACGGAGGGGUUUUCCUCGGGCUCCUUCUCUACCUGGUGCUGGUGUUCCUGGUGGCCAUCAUCCUGCUGAACGUGUUCGCCUCGGUCAUCUACGACUACUUCGAGGAGACGGGCCGGGAGCUGAAGGAGCAGGCGGGCAGGAAGCACAUCACCUUCAUGGAGUUCCUGCGCGUCGAGUACAUGAAUUUGUGGGGGCGGUGCUUUCGCUGCGUGGACCAUGGGUACAAUCGCCACGGACGCACAGUCUCCGAGAACGUGGAGCUGUCCCUUAGGAAACGGGAGCGGAAGAGAUUACAGAAGGAGGAGAGGAGUGGCAAGGCCAGCUUCCCACAGGAGAGGCUCUCCAACGAGGAGCGACAUGCGGAUUACCUGAGGCGCGGCGAUCGGAUCUUCAAGCUGAUGGCCAUCCUGAACAUCCAGCUGGAAAUCUUCGAGCGCUUGGUCCUUGGCGACGAGGACGGCAACUUGCCCUCCCCAGCAGGCUCAGAUUCCGAUCCAGAGGACAUGCCGGAAAUGUAUCGAAAGCGACAGAAGUCGGACACAUAAACGGUUUCGCUUGUUAAGGUUCUAUUGGGGAAUAGCUAUUCCAU